UGCGUCACUUGUCCUAACAACCUGUCAACAAAAUUUACCACCAAUUUACAGGAUCUUAGGCCACACGACUUCGGUCAGUGUGAAGAUGUACAGCCGGGGGGUGACAGGCCUGAGUGCCUACAGUCGGGAGAGCAAUGAAAAGCGACAAAGGAAAAGUAACAGGGUACAAGUAUGGGCCAGGAUUCGACCCACCGCAGAAUUUGCGCACAACUGUUUAGAACUUAACCAAGAUGGUAAGAGCAUUAAUGUGCAUAUGAGAAAAGAUGGGCGGAAAGGAGUUGUCAAUAAUCAGAUUCUGGAUUGGUCAUUUAGACUGGAUGGUAUAUUUCACAAUGCCGGUCAGGAGGACGUCUUUGGCUCUGUGGCAUCUGACCUUGUGACUUCCGCUUUAGAUGGAUACAAUGGAACGGUGAUGUGUUACGGCCAGACAGGAGCUGGUAAGACGUUUACAAUCACAGGUGCCACUGAGAACUACAAACAGCGGGGUAUUGUUCCACGGGCCAUCUCUCAGCUCUUCAGGGAAAUUGAGGAGAGACCAGAGUAUGCUAUUACUGUCAGGGUAUCAUAUUUAGAAAUUUACAAUGAGAACAUGUUUGACCUCCUGUCGACCCUUCCGGAGUCCUGGAACCAGGCUAACCCCGAACAACAAAUGGUCGUUGUGGAGAACCAAGAUGGAGUCUUCGUGAAGGGCUUGUCACAUCACAUAGCUCAGAAUGAAGAAGAGGCUCUAAACUUCCUAUUUGAGGGAGAGACCAACAGAGCAAUUUCCGCUCAUUCUCUGAACAAGAAUUCAUCCCGGUCCCACUGUAUAUUUACCGUCUAUAUAGAGACACGCUCCAGAGUACAGUCCAACGCUAGGUACACGGUGUCCAAGUUAAACUUUGUGGAUCUGGCAGGUUCUGAACGUCUUGGAAAAACCAAGUCUGAAGGUAAGACCCAGCAGGAGGCCAUGUACAUCAACAAGUCCUUGACCUUCCUGGAGCAAGUGAUCGUGGCCCUGGCCGAUCGGCGCCGUGAACACAUCCCAUUCCGUCAGUCGAAACUCACACACUGCCUCAAGGAUUCCAUCGGAGGAAACUGUAACACACUGCUGGUAGCCAACGUGUGGGGAGAAUCACCACAGCUGGAGGAAACGGUGUCAACAUUAAGAUUUGCCACCAGGAUGAUGUGUGUAGCAAGUGAACCUGCCGUUAAUGCCGUGUACGACCCAGCGGUGUUGGUGAAGAAGCUAGAGAAGGAAAUACAACACCUGAAGAAUGAGUUAGCAAUGCAUGACACUCUCACAAACCGGACCCAGAUCACAUAUGAGCCACUGUCAGAACAACAAACGUAUGAGAUUCGGCAGCAAGUCAGACGCUACUUGGAGGGUUCUCUGGAGGAUAUCGAUAUCAUAAACAUCAGACAAAUACAUGGAACAUUUGAAGGAUUCAAAGACAUAUAUCUACAAAUGGAGAGGGAUGUGGAGGAGAGACUGAGACAGAAGUUUACGCUGAUAGAUAGAACCGACCCUGCUGCUAUAGCCGCAGCUCAACAGGCGGGCGUGGCAAUAACAGACGAUGGGACAUUGGUCGGGGAGCCAGACGGCCAGGGAUUCGGGGUUGGAAUGGCUCCCAAAGCGGCUAAAGCUGAUCCCUCAGCUGUUGUACAACUUAAGAAGAAGGAACGGGAAAAGGACAGGAAGAGCCGCACAGGGAGGGACACUAAAAGUCCCACGGGAGGUAAGAGUAUCAGCAGCCCCUCUCAGAGUGCUAAGGGAGAGAGGGACAUCAAGUCGCCACACCCCUCCGAGCGAGAGAAGAGGGACGACCGAGACGGAGAAGCCCCCACCCCUACCAGUAUAUCUGGUGUGUCCCGGGCUGACAAGGUCCUCACCAGUACCCCACCUCCCAGAUCAGAGGCCUUUGAGGAGUUCAAGGCCGACCGCGGCAGUGAGAUCAACAGGGUUCUAAUAGAAAAUAAACAAAUUUUGAAUUCCAAGAAGAAAUCCUAUGCAGAGCUAGCAAGACAAGUAAACACUAACAAGAUUGAGAUUGACAAAACAAGAGAUCAACUGGAAAACCACAGGAGGGGCAGAGAAGAUAAUGGACCCCAAUAUAACGAGGAAGGGGAUAUCAUUAUCAGUGAAGAAGAGUUCUUUGAGAUCAAACGUCUCAAAGACCACAAACUCCAAUACAAGAAUGAUUUCGAGGAACUGAAAAAUCUUAAAGCAGAAGUGCAGUAUUGUCAAAAGCUUGUGGAACAGUGCCGACAACGCUUGGUGCACGAGUUUGACAACUGGUACUCUGAGAGUUUCGUGGGUCCUUCUGAUGAAAUCCAGACUAGCAUUGCACAAGGGCAUGGAGUCAGACCUGGAGCACACCUCCCCUUCAACCCGAACACGAUCCCUGAAGAUGAACAUGAGAAGUUUGACCGCCUCCAGAUGGAGCUGCUGAUGAAUAACCCAGACUCCGCAGCUUUCUAUAACGCCCAGAUGAGGACUCAGAGAAGGAAAACUUAUGAAACUGCGAUGUCCCAGCCUCAGCCAAGCUUCAGGAAAUCUCCUGGCACUCCCACCAUGUCGAUAAGGAACAAACCACCAAACAUGUUACAAGUCAGCAUGGGAUAAAACAUGUUACAACACUUCUGAUUGGACAAUUUUCCAAAUUAUAUCUGAACUACUUCUGUGAUCAUGACUCUGAUUGGUUACAGGAUGUAUUGUUUUUUAAUCCAGCAAUGCUGCCUGGAUUAGAAGUACGCUGUGAAUGGUGUACAUUUGUACGUACAGAUGUAGCAGACUGUGAUAGGACUUAGUAGGAUAACACUGCAGACUCGGUGGAAUAAAGUAUCUAAACUUGUGAUUAAGCAGGGACUUAAAAUACAAUUCAAAAGCUAUUUAAUGCAGUUGACAUUUUCAGCAUUAUAUGUGUAUGUGUAGCAUACACACAGCCCAACAUAGGUGGCAGAUGUUUCAGGUAAUUUCUGGACAAGUUAAAGUCAUUAAGAUCGUUAAACUGCUGUGAAAGCCAACUUGUGCCUUUGUUUGGUAUAAAUAAAUGCAAGCUUCCAUUUUCCGAAUGAUUCAAGAAUUUUAAAACUGCUCUGCAAUUAAUUCAGUCAGCUUGUUUACUUAUCUUGCAAAAUCAUCACCAUUUAUUUGCAAGUUUGUUAUGGAAUAAAGUAUCAGUGUUUGAUCUGCUGUUUAGUCUGUGUUUUGGCAUGCUCUUUGAUAUAAAGUCAUGCCAGCAUUCUAUGAUCUGAAAUCUCAUAAAAUAGUAUUAUAAUGGUAGAUACUGAAGAGUUAUGAAAUGGACAGGAUAAAGAUAUGACAUUUAAAUUUCCUUUUGUUAAGGUCUUUUUCAGUUCCUGUUAAUGUAUAAUAUUGAAUUUAGUUUUAUCUUGUUAAUAUAUUUCCAUGUUCAUACUUGUACAUAUGUGUUACAUGUGGCCAGAGUUGUAUUAUAAAAUUAUCAAUAUGUUUCAAUUUCCACAUGGAGAUAGAUUCAGAAAAUUUGUUACUGAAAAUAUGAAUUACCAUAAAUAGAAAAUAAUGAUAUAUAUUUAUAUUGUUUAUAUAUAUUCGUUUUGUAACAGGUGUUUUGCACAAUGCACCUGGAUUGCUUUUUACUGUUUCCUUUGGUAAAUUUUUUAAAUUCGAUUUUUCUUUCAAAAUCAGUUCAUAUCGAGUCUUUGCUGUGCAGAUAUUCAAUAAAGAUUAAAAAAAUAAUGUUGAACAUGUUUUGUGCUAAUAAUUAUCUGACAUAAUCAUGUAGCUAUUUUAAACGGUACAUCAAGGUAAUGGUAUUUAUUGAAGUAGCUUUUAUUUCAUUAUUGAGCUAUUUCCUUUUGUUUAUUUGUUCAAGGGAACCGCCCAAGAUCACAGUAUUUGUUGACUACUAAGGGAUUUUUUUCUGUUUUAUAUUUAAGAUACACUAAUGUACCUUUUAUUUAUCACUGCAUUUUUAAACAAAACUUGCACGGACUGAUUUUAUUGACCAAUCACUGGACAUAAGAUAAGGUCAGUAAGUAGAUUAGCUCAUUAAAAUAACUGGUAUUCUGUGCAAGAUAUUUUAUUUUGCAGAAAUUGGCCUGGAGAGAUGGUUACAAAUUUAAAUACCUUGCAAAUAUUUAUAUUCGGACACUUUUAAAAGACGAUAUGUUGCUACAAGUAUGUACUAAUGUAGUAUUACUGUUUUUGUCACACUUCACAGAUCUUUCAUGUGUAAACCCAAAAAACAGAAAUUCAAGAAAAUGAAGUCAUUUACAUUACAUGAUAUAUACAAUGGGUAUAUAUAAUGAUUUAAUUUUCAUGUAAGUGUUUAUAAAUAUAUAUUGUGUGGAAUCCUCCACAUAUACUUCUAAUCAUGCAGGGCAAAAUAGACCAAGAGAAAAUAUUGAUGUGAUUGGCUUGACAUCAAACAUAGCUUUGAAUAUCUAAUAACUAGAUGUUUAUUUAUAUAUGUAUCUGUAAGGAAGUUGUAUACUUCAAGUUAACGUUUUAAAUGAUAGUCCAAGACAUUCACACAAAAUUAUUCAAUUUAAAAUCACUGAGAAAUUUGAUAUAUUUAGGACAAAACAACUUUAAAUUGAAAGUAAAACUUGAAUUUCUAUAGAAUUUUUUUAAUGUCAUAAUGAUGUAGCACCAGUACUACUGAGGUUAUUUCAUUUUGUGUAACUAGGUUUUUCUGUGAAAUGUCCUUACCCUAUAAUCCAACAUGUAGGUGCAUACUUUGUCAAUUUACAGUUUAAUUGUGAAGGUGACAUUGAAUGAAAUUAUGUGAAUAUAC